AUGGCUCUAGCAGUAGUGGGUGGAGCUUUUCUCUCUUCUGCUCUUGAUGUUCUGUUUGAUAGGAUCGCUUCCCGUCCCGUUGUUGACUUCAUCCGAGGAAAGAAGACCACUGCUGAGCGGCUCCACAAGUUGAAGAUCAAGUUGUUGUCAGUUUACAAGUUGCUUGAUGAUGCAGAGGAGAAGCAAAUCAGAGAACCUAGAGUGAGGGAAUGGCUUGAUGAGCUUAAAGAUGUUCUGUAUCACGCCGAUGAUCUAUUGGACGAAAUCAAGACUGCAGCUCUGCGUAGAACCAUGGAACGAGAAGAUUCUGGAAGCAGCAGCAGAUAUCAGGUACUCAAGUUUUGUUCUAGUUCCGUUCAUGAACUUGAAAAAAGUCUGGAACCUAGGAUACUAGAGAUUCUCGGCAGACUAGAGCUUAUUGUCAACGAAAAAGAUGUGCUUGAUUUGAAAGAGGGUGUUAAAGAUAGAACACAAGCAAGAUUGCCUACAACUUCUUUGGUAGAAGAGUCUAGUGUAUAUGGAAGGGAUGAAGAAAAGGAGGCCAUUGUCCAGUUAUUGCUAGCAGAUGGCAUGACUGAAAUAAAGACAGAUGUGCUUCCACUUGUGGGCAUGGGUGGGAUCGGCAAGACCACUCUUGCUCAACUUGUAUACAACGAUGACAGAAUCAUGCAACAUUUUAACCAUCGAUCUUGGUUUUGUGUUUCAGAUGGAUUUGAUAUUACCAAAAUAACACAGUCUAUUUACCGGUCGGUAACUUCAAAAGUUUGUGAUAUCGAAGACCUUAAUAUGCUUCAGGUUGAACUGAAGACGUCAUUGACAGGGAAGAAAUUUCUCAUUGUUUUUGACGAUGUUUGGACAGUGGAUAAUAUGAAGUGGGAACGCUUGAGCGGACCCUUUGAGAGUGGAGGUAAUGGAAGUAAGAUCAUUGUCACAACACGUGAUGAAGGAGUUGCACGCCGUAUUGGUACCCUUCAAAGUCAAAAUCUAAAGCAAUUAUCUGAGGAAAACUGCUGGUCGUUGUUCUCAAAACAUGCCUUCCAGAACGCAGGUGGUGAUGCAGAUCCCUUGCUUGAGGUGAUUGGAAAACAGAUUGCUCAAAAGUGUAAAGGACUCCCUUUAGCUGCAAAAUCACUUGGGUGUCUUUUACGUUCUGAAUCAAAUAGUGAGAAAUGGGAAGAAAUAUUGAACAAUGACAUUUGGGAGUUGCAAGAUAGAGAGAAUGACAUUUUGCCAGCUCUAUGGUUGAGUUACUAUUAUCUACCUCCACAUCUGAAGCGUUGUUUUGCUUACUGUUCCUUAUUUCCCGAAGAUUAUGUGUUUGACAAAAGGGAACUGGUUUUGUUGUGGAUGGCUGAGGAUCUCUUACCGUCGAAAUCAAAGACUACGUUUGAACAAGUCGGAGAGAACUGCUUUGAUGAUUUAUUGUCAAGGUCAUUUUUUCUACGGGGACAACAUCCUUCUUCUUUCACCAUGCAUGAUCUUAUCCAUAACUUGGCAGACUUUGUCUCUGGAGAGUUUUGUGUUAGGUUGGAGAAUAAUGACUCUGUACCGGAAAAUGUCUGCAAGGCUCGCCACUUCUCCUGUAUGAAUAAUGCACAUGGACCCAGCACUUUUGAUCAAUGGGACAGCUUGUAUGAAGCCAACUUCAGUAUUUAA